AUGGGGAAAGGCAUGUCUCACUUGUCCAAGGAGGACCUGAAAUUCCUGCAGCAGAACACAAAGUUUAGCAAGGAUGAGAUCAAACAGUGGUACAAGGGCUUUAUGAGGGACUGCCCAAAUGGAAACCUCUCCAAAGACAAGUUUAAAGAAGUCUACUCGCAGUUCUUCCCUGGCGGUGACCCGGAAGCUUUCUGUGAGCACGUGUUCCGCUCCUUCGACAAAGAUAAAAGCGGUUCUAUCGAGUUCAAGGAGUUUCUACUAGCCAUCAACAUCACCUCCAACAAGGGCAACCCCAAGGACAAGCUGGAGUGGGCCUUCUCCAUGUACGACAUUGACGGUAACCAAACCAUCGACAAGAAGGAGAUGGAGAAUAUUAUCAAAGCCAUCUACAACAUGCUAGGCAGCUCUAUCAAGGAACAGCCAGUGGAGACCCCAAUGGAGAGAACCGACAAGAUCUUCGAGAAGAUGGACACCAACAAGGAUGGGGUACUCACCAAGGAAGAGUUCCUCGAAGGCUGCAUGAAUGAUCGCUGUCUCUACCAGAUGCUGACCGCAGAUGGAGGAGCAUCCAAGGAAUAA